AUGCAUCUAAUGCUUGCUGCUUUUGCAGCAUUCAGUAGAUCAUCAGAUCGUACAGAAAUACAGUUCGAAAAAGGAUGGAAAUUCCAAAGAGGUGACUGCGCAGACGCAAAUAAAAUUGACUUUGAUGAUCAUGCUUGGGAAACAGUUCGUGUUCCUCACGAUUGGGCUAUUGCUGGUCCAUUCGAUCAUCACAAUGACUUGCAAGAUGUCGUUGUCUCUCAAAACUUUGAAACAGAACCAUCAAUGAAAACAGGCCGUACAGGUGGUCUUCCAUAUGUUGGUGCAGGCUGGUAUAGAUACUAUUUCAAGGCUGAUGCUACAAAGAACAAUACAUUAUUAUUCGAUGGUGCAAUGAGUGAAGCUCACGUUUAUCUUAACGGUGAACUCGUUUGCAACUGGCCAUACGGUUACAACUCUUUCUUCUGCGAUAUCACAGAUCACGUUAAUAAGGAUGGCAAAGAUAACGUUCUCGCUGUUCGCUUACAGAACCAUCCUCAGUCCUCUCGCUGGUAUCCAGGUGCCGGUAUCUACCGUAAUGUUCAUCUUAUAACCACAAAUAAGAUCCAUGUUCCAGUUUGGGGCACUCAUGUCACAACACCACGCGCUGAAGCUGAUUAUUCAACAAUGAAUCUCCGUACAACACUUGCUGGCGUUAAUGGCGAGACAAUCAAAGUUGUCACAAAGAUUUUUGAUCCAUCAGGCAAAGAAUACAUGGUAAAUGAUAAGUACACACAGGAUGGAAACGACUAUGUCCAAGAUUUCACAGUUAACACACCAGCUCUUUGGUCACCAGAGACACCAAAUGUUUACACAGCCCAGACAACAAUUUCUGCCAACGACGUUGAAGUUGAUACAUACCCAACAACAUUUGGCUUCCGCAAAGUCGAAUUCAUCAAGGACAAGGGCAUGUUCCUCAAUGGUGUAAGUCGCAAAUUCCAAGGUGUCUGCAACCACCACGACCAAGGUCCAUUAGGUACAGCAGUUAAUGACAAGGCAAUCCACCAUCAACUUGAGAUCCUCAAGGACAUGGGUGCAGACUCAAUCCGUACAUCUCACAACAUGCCAGCUCCAGAACUUGUCAAGGCUUGCGAUGAAAUGGGCUUCAUGAUGAUUGUCGAAGCUUUCGAUGAGUGGGAUUGGGCUAAGUGCAACAAUGGCUACCACAGAUUCUUCAAUGAAUGGGCUGAAAAAGAUAUCGUUAACAUGGUUCGCCACUACAGAAAUCAUCCAUCUGUUAUCCUUUGGUCAGUUGGUAACGAAAUUCCAAACACAUGCUCUAAUGAAGCUCUCGCUGUUGUCAAGAAAUUAGUUUCAUGGUGCCACCGUGAAGAUUCAACAAGAUUAGUUACAUGUGGUACAGAUCAGGUUCAGUGCUCCAUCUACAGUGGCUUCGCAGCUGCUUUGGAUAUUCCAGGCUUCAACUACAGAUCAUUCCUCUACCAAGAAGCUUAUGAACACCUUCCACAAGGCUACAUCCUUGGUACAGAAACAGGCUCUACUGUUUCAUCAAGAGGUGUCUACAAACUUCCAGCCAUCAAGCGUGCUACAGCCAUCUAUCCAGAUCACCAGUCAACAGGUUACGAUUACGAAUUCUGCGGCUGGUCAAACGUCCCAGAAGAUGACUUCGAAAUGGCUGAUGACUACGAGUGGACACUUGGUCAGUUCGUUUGGACAGGCUUAGAUUAUCUUGGUGAACCAACACCAUAUGAUACAAACGGAUGGCCAUCACACUCAUCUGUCUUUGGUAUCAUCGACUUGGCUUACAUUCCAAAGGAUAGAUACUACUUGUUCAGAACAGUCUGGAACAAGAAGGACCACACACUCCACAUGCUUCCACACUGGAACUGGGAAGGCUAUGAAGGACAGGUCGUUCCAGUUAUGGUUUACUCUGACUACCCACAGGUUGAAUUAUUCAUCAAUGGUGCUAGCUUCGGCAAGAUGAAGAGAGGCAACACAUCACUCCAGACAAGAUACAGAUACCAGUGGAUGAACGCUGUCUACCAGCCAGGUAACAUCAGAGCUGUUGCUUAUGAUGAACAUGGCAACCAGGUUGGAUCUGUCCAGAUCAACACUGCUGGUACUCCUCACCAUCUCAAGGUUGAAACAAAGCACACAAGUCUCAAGGCUGAUGGCAAGGAUGUUGCUUACAUCACCGUUAGCGUUGUUGAUGCUAAUGGAAAUCUUUGCCCACAUGAUGAUCGCGAAAUUUCAUUCCGCGUUAAAGGAGCUGGUAACUUCAAGGGCGCCGCUAAUGGUAAUGCUGCUUCUGUCGACUUCUUCCAGCGUCCACGCAUUCAUGCUUUCGCUGGUAUGCUCACAGCUGUCGUUCAGACAACUGAGGAAGCUGGUGAUAUCAUCUUCGAGGCUUCUGCUAAGGGACUCAAGUCAGGAACAGUUACAAUGACAUCAAAAUAA